AUGCCACCUCUCGGUAGUGGCGGCAAAGGCAAAGGCAAGCAUCAGCAACGAGAUGCGCGCCGGUCAAGAAGUCGCAAUACUACACCCAGUUCCGUCCUCAGCACGGGUACAACGGUCGCUGGGCCCACGACAACACCUCUCCUGGAAUUGGAAACGAGCAGACUUCUUGUCUCUCCGAAGCCGAAUUAUUCGGAAAUAAUUGACUAUCUUGAGACACAUGGCACGAGGCUGGAGCCCAAGUCCUUGCAUGACAUUAUCGACCAGUUGAAGCAUCUGAGCGAGUCGGCGGAGAAACGCGCCGAGUCCUGCGAGAAAGCGAUCCGGUUAAUCCAUGAACAGAAGAAGGAGUUGGAGUCGGACCAGCAACAUCGCGAACGAGAGGCUGAACAGGCUCGUCGGGUCAAGGCCCGAAAGGAAGAGGCACAUUCUCAAAAGAACCCCAAGGCGAAGAAGCGUAAAGACAGGCCUGAAACGGUCGACAACGUGGAAAUCAAACGAGAAGAUGAACCUUCCAAGAUCAAGAUCGGCCGCGCCAUCGGCACUCCAGGACCAGUCGACAGCCCUUCACCGUCCAAGAAGACCAAGCUGAGCCCUGGCACGUCGUCCUUAUCAGAAGUCGCAGAUUCUCCCGAGGCCGCGGCUGCAAGCGCCCACGCUUCACCCACCAAGUCGGACGUUUCUAUGUCUGACGCAGAAGAUAAUCGCAUCAUCCACGGACCGCCGCCAGUGCCCCAUCAAGGCUUCUUUCCCGAUCCGAUGGCGCCCGAUCCGGCCAUCUAUCACAUUCGGGAGGUAACUCCAGGCAUGACUGACGAGGAGAAGAAGGAGAUCUACGGCGUUACAGCAUUCCCGACCAAGGAUCUCAGCGAUGAAAUCGCAGGAACGCCGCCUGAUAAGGACUUCAGCAAUGCCAAACCGACCAACCAAGUAGCUGCUUCCACUUUCCUUACCUACGUCGAGCCUUAUGUGCGACCACUUACAGAAGAGGAUGUGGCAUGGCUGAGAGAAAGAGGCGACCGAGUCACCCCCUUUCUAGCUGUCCCACGUGGUAAAAAGUCGUAUCAGGAGAUUUGGGCUGAAGAGGAUGGUCUGAUGCAUGUCGACAACAACAAUGAGAAGAAACUGUCGCCAAACGAACCUCGAGGCAGCAUCGAAGCGAUCAACGAUGACAAUCUCGCAACCGACCAAGUUUCGACCGGACCAUUGGCAGCUCGCCUCUUGUCCUUGCUCAAGUUUGAGCACCGAUCACCCGCGAAUGAGAAUGCCAACGGAACCAAUGAUCUGAAUACGUUCAUGGCAACGGACGGAAAUGACACCAUGGAUCUUGAUGGACUUACCAAUGGCCAGGACAACGCCGACAAGCCCCUUGCGCCUGCUGCCGCAAUUGCAGAGCAGGCCGGUGGCAAACAAGCCAGUUCACAGCGUCUUGACUACGUCCAGAGCGAGGAGCGCAUUAAAGGCGAGCUCCGCCAUCUCGGCUUGCUAGGACAGGAUGAGGAGCCCGACUAUGAUGCCCACCACGAUGAUGAUAUCAGUGAGAGACUGCGCCUGUUGCAAGCCGAGCUGCGUCGCGUGCUUAUCGUCAAUGGUGCCCGAAAGGCUCGACUACUGGACCUGGCGAAGGAGCGUUUGGCGUACCAGGAAUAUAGUACCAUUCAUGAAGAUCUCGACAGUCAAGUUCAACAAGCUUACCUCAAGCGCACAAGAACUCUGGGCAAGACCAAGAAGGGUGGACCUGGAGCCAACAAGCCUCGACCUGGCAGUCACGGAGCUGGUGGCCCUGGCACGGCAGUCAGCGUCAAUAGGGCGAGAGACAUUGGAGAUAAUGCCCGGAUGUUGAUGGACCGCAGAAAGCGUUGGGAGAAUUGCAUUGGACCUGUGUUCAAAGACAUGAAACAUGGAAUUCCCGACAAGAACACGACCAUCUGGGAUCCGAAGAUCAUGGAGGCCUACGAGAAGGCGGAACUGGAGGCACUCGAGGAAGAAGCUGCUGUCGAGUAA